AUGGAAACGCUUGCUACUGUUUUUAAGGUGUUUCUUUUGACUGUGAGUAUUGUAUUCAAUGGAAUUGGAGCUGAUUCAAACGUAAGCUGUAUCAAGAGUGAGAGAGAUGCACUUCUCAAGUUCAAGCAAGGCCUCGCAGAUGAUUCAAGCCAGUUGCUUUCUUGGGUUGGCGAAGACUGUUGCACAUGGAAGGGAGUAAGCUGCAGCAACAGAAUUGGCCAUGUUGUAAAGCUUGAUCUACGAAAUCGGCCGGUUUCAUUUGCAAACAAAACUAGCUUGCGAGGUGAGAUAAACAAUUCUCUUCUUAACUUGACACGUCUCACUUAUCUAGACCUGAGCCUGAACAAUUUCCAAGGUGCUGAAAUUCCAUCUUUUCUACGUUCUCUGAAAAAUCUGAAAUAUCUAAACCUUUCUCGUUCAUCUUUCAAGGGACAGGUUUCCCAUCAUCUUGGAAAUCUUUCGAACUUGCAGUAUCUUGAUCUUAGUUGGAACUAUGGCUUGAAAGUUGAUAAACUUCAGUGGGCAUCCACUCUUCCUUCUUUGAAACACUUGGACCUAUCAGGGUUGAAACUUACAAAGGCCAUGGACUGGUUAGAGUCAAUAAACAUGCUUCCUUCUCUAGUUGAAUUGCACUUAUCCUCUUGUUCCCUUCCUUACAUUCCUCUCUUUUUGCAAACUAAUUUUACAUCUCUUUCUGUUCUUGAUCUCAGCACCAACUACUUCAAUUCCUCUAUCCCCCAAUGGCUAUUUAGUAUUAGCAGCAUUCAACAUCUUGAUCUAAAGGAGAACGAUUUUAAAGGCUCCAUUUCAAGUGACGUAGGUAACUGUGAUCUACUUGCAGUCCUUGACCUUUCUCACAAUGAACUGGAGGGUGAGAUACCCAAAACCUUGAGGAAUCUCUGCAAUUUGCGUGAGCUUGACUUGGCUCAUAACAAAUUUAGUGGUGAGAUUUAUCGAACUUUUGGCAGUCCAACUAGUUGCUUGCACAAUAGUUUAAAGAGUUUGGUUCUAGAAACUAAUCAUCUCAGUGGUAGUCUUCCGGAUAGUUUAGGAAACUAUAAGCAUCUAGUAAACCUCAAUCUUUAUUCAAACGCCCUUUCAGGUCCAAUCCCAGAAUCAAUUGGAAGGCUAUCAUGUUUGGAAAGAUUAGACCUAUCCCAUAAUUACCUGAAUGGUAGUGUUCCAGAAAGUGUCGGGCAGCUUUCCAAUCUUGAGUUUUUGAAUAUCCAUAACAAUUCAUUGAGUGGCAUAGUUUCUGAACGUCACUUUUCAAAACUCUCCUCCUUGACUACCUUGUAUAUGUAUGUGAACUCCAUAAUUCUUGAUCUUCGUCCCACCUGGGUACCUCCUUUCCAAAUUCAAAAGCUUGCAUUGUUUUCUUGCAAAGUUGGACCCAAAUUUCCACAAUGGCUCCGAACACAGAAAAAUUUGUCAGUUUUAGAAAUGUCUAACACUAGCAUCUCGGAUAGCAUUCCAGAUUGGUUUGAAAGCAUUUCCUCCAAUAUUGUAUUAUUGGACUUGUCUGUUAAUCAAAUUAGAAAAAACUUGCCAAAGUUGAGAAAAUCUGUUGAUGCUUCUUACAGAUUCGUAUACUUGGAUUCCAACAAGUUCGAGGGUCCUUUAACUCCUUUCCCGUCAGAUGUGAUUGAAUUAGACGUCUCUAACAACUUCCUUCAAGGCCAUAUCCCUCAAGAUAUUGGCAACAUAAUGCCACGAUUGACCUUGUUACAUCUAUCAAACAAUUCCCUAGAUGGGAUCAUUCCAGUUUCUUUAUGCAAGAUGCAGGAGUCACGAUUUCUUGAUCUCUCAAACAAUCAAUUGUCAGGAAGAAUUCCUAAUUGCUGGAAGAAGUUGCAGAGUCUACGUGUGAUGGAUCUGUCUAGUAACAUUCUGGAUGAUCAGAUUCCAAGUUCUCUGGGUUCUCUACGACAACUUCGAUCUUUGCACCUGCAAAACAAUUCUUUGCAAGGAAAAGUACCGGUAUCGUUAGAGAAGCUAAAAAAUUUGUACAUCCUUGAUCUCAGUGAUAAUUUGUUAAAUGGUACUAUUCCUCCAUGGAUAGGUGAAGGACUAUCUUCAUUGUCAGUGCUUGAUGUCCAUUCCAAUAGAUUUCAAGGUGAGAUUCCUCAGGAACUUUGCCACCUCAAUUCUCUUCGCAUUUUGAGCUUGGCACACAAUGAGAUGACUGGGACUAUUCCUUCUUGCUUUCACAAUUUCACUGGAAUGGUUGCAAAUGAGAGGGCAACGAAAGAGCAAUGGCCCUAUGGUCCUACGAUAUUUGCUGAUAUUUUUGGGUUUCAAUCUGUGGUAUAUGAGGAGAAACUUUUGGUUUAUAUGAAGGGAAUGGAGCUGAAAUACACUAAGACACUUCCAUUUCUCUUUUCCAUUGAUCUUUCAAGAAACAGGUUUGUUGGAGAGAUUCCAAAUGAGCUUAUGAAUCUGUUGGAGCUACAGAAUCUGAAUUUAUUUGGGAACAAUUUUAAGGGGCAAAUUCCUUGGAGGAUUGGAAAUUUGAGACAGUUGCAAUCGCUUGAUUUGUCUAGAAACGAACUUUCUGGCUUCAUUCCUGCAAGCAUUUCUCAGUUGAAUUUCCUAAGUCUCCUGAACUUGUCAUUCAACAACUUUUCUGGCCGCAUUCCGUCAGGAAAUCAACUCCAAACUUUAGAUGACAAAUCCAUCUACGCUGGGAACAAUGGGCUUUGCGGGUUUCCACUAGACGACUGCCAAGAAGAAGUGCCUCCUGAAUCUUGGGAGCCUGGUGAGGGGAGGCCAGAUGAUGAGUUCGAAAUUCUUUGGUUUUAUAGUGGCUUGGGAGUGGGCUUUAUGACUGGAUUCGUAGGAGUUUCUAGCACGCUAUAUUUCAAGGAUUCCUGGAGGGAUGCAUUUUUUCAAUUAGUUGAAAAAAUUUACAACAAGUUUCUAGUGAUGAUUGUGGUAAACAUAAACCAUCUACAAGGAAAGAUUUAUGGAGACAAAUUUGGAGGACAUGGAUGA